AUUCAUCAAAAAAUGUUUUUUUUCCUAGUUUUUGAUCGAUUUAUUCGUGAAGUUUUGAUUUUACCAGGUGUCGGAAAAUAAAAUCAUGUUACAAAUUGUGUUCUUAUUGUCACCCGGUAAAUCGAAAAUUCACAAGGUUACAUGUUUAUUAUUUGUGCGUUGAAUAUUAAAUAAGUCUUAUUUGAUACCAUUAACUGAAAACAGAUCCUAAAAAAAUGCCAGACGGAACUUUACUUUCAAAAUUGAGUUUCAUUAAUAAUUUUUUUUGCAGGUCAUUUUUUAAGAUUACGCAAUUUAUAAACGUCAGUGUAAAUUAUCAGGGCAAUUUGUUUUAGAUUGUGUAUAGCCUUAGGAUCAACUCUUCCAGGAAACAUAAUAUGUCAAAUCUGUUGUCAUCAUUUGAUUGAAUUGUAGAAAUUAUCUGACUGGAGAAAAAAUGACAGGAAACUCAUUUAAAAAUGAUGCAGAGUCAAAGCCAAAUCACUUGUGCCAGAGCUUGUUUGAAGAUAACAAUGCAAAAGGUGUUAUUCUUGAUGACGAUUCAGGCUGCUUUGAUCAUAUUAAAAGCAAACGCAUCGACCCCGUAUAAACAUCAAAGGAGCAUGAGAAAUGGUAUGAAUCAAUGUCUGGACAAUCCAUGUCAGAACGGGGGAACUUUCAAAAACAACGACGGGUGUUUCACGUGUACGUGUGCAAAUGGAUGGACAGGGACACGCUGCAAUGAAGCUGUUUCCAACCUUGCAUUGAAUAAACCUGCAGGACAAUCAUCAACGUUUACAUGGUUACCGAAGUCCUUCCCAGCGGAGAUGGCAGUUGAUGGAAACAACGGAACAGACUUUGAAGAUGACGGGUGUUCAUCAACAGUAGGUGGCGACACAAAUCCGUGGUGGAGGGUGGAUCUGCAGGCUGUGUAUUCCAUCGAAUCUGUCAGAAUUUUUAAUAGAGGAAUGGACAAGCAUGGAAUAGAUGCGGCUAACCGACUGCGGGAUGUUACCGUCACUGUAGGGAUGACAGAAUCAGAUGUCAGCACUCCCUGUGGUGUAUUUGCUGGUCCCGGUACUCUGUCACAGGUGGUUGACAUCUCCUGUCCGAUCCCAUUACCAAAGGGAAGAUUCGUAAAGAUCUCCAAGCCAACUGACUACCUUACACUUUGUGAAGUUGAAGUGUUCGGAUACUCUGGCUAAGUAUUAUCAUUGUAGAUUCUUUGGAGUCAAUAAAAAACUUCAACGGA